AUGUUCUCCGCUCAAGUUAAACGUAGCUGGUUACAAAUACAGACAACCAUAAUGGAUGCAAGUGUUCUCACUUUUUCCAAUGAAAGUUUGCCUGUGUGUUCCACAUACAAUUUUCAACAACUGCCAAAACUUUAUACAACUGGUGCAUUACCAUUGGGAAUGAUAUCUGCAGAUUUUAAUAAGGAUGGACAUGUGGAUUUGGCGAUAGGCAACUACUAUGGCAACAGUAUUUCGAUUUUAUUGGGUAUUGGUAAUGGAUCGUUUCAGCUACUUGCAACAAGCUUUCCUACCAACGGAUCUCAUCCUUAUCAGUUUGUCGCGCACGAUUUUAAUAAUGACGGAAAUGUUGAUUUAGCGGUCUGCAACGAAGGAUCAAACACGAUCUCUAUUCUUCUCGGAUUGGGCAAUGGUGCAUUUCAGUUGUCGGUCAUAACUUUUAACAGUGGAGGAUCCUUACCUUCGUCAAUCAUUGUUGUCGAUGUAAAUAAUGAUUACAAAGCUGACUUAGUUGUGACAAAUACGGGCUCAUAUACAAUCACCAUCCUUUUGGGUUUCGGUAACGGCACAUUUCAAGGUUCUGGAACAUCAUAUGCAGCUGGAACAUCGCCCACAUCAAUAACCAGUGGUGACUUCAAUAGCGAUGGAAAUGUAGAUCUGGCCGUAGUUAGUCGAAAUAGCAAUCAACUACUCAUCUUUCUCGGCGUUGGUAACGGGACUUUUCAAGCUAACGUUACCAGUUAUACAACAGGUUCAUUUCCAUAUGUGGUUCGAACGGCAGAUUUUAAUGGUGAUUCAAAAUUAGAUCUAGUCGUGGCCAAUGCCUAUUCCAAUACAAUAAGUAUAUUCACUGGUAGUGGCGUUGGCACAUUUGUUACAUCCGCAUCUGCAACGUAUACCACAGGCAUAGCGUAUUCAUUUGAUAUCGCAAUCCAGGAUCUAAAUGGAGAUUUAAUAAUGGACUUGGCUAUAAGCAACAAAAAUGGUAAUGUGUCCGUGUACUUCGGCUAUCAAAAUGGGACUUUUGGUGGAAUACAAAGUUAUUCAUCAGCAGGACAAGGGUUAACGGGAAUUGUCAUUACAGACUUCAAUGAAGAUGGACGACCCGAUUUAGCCAUAGCCAACGGUAACAGUAAUACGGUGGCCAUUAUAUUAGCGCUAUGUACCUAA